AUGCCUUUAUUGGACGCUCAGGAGAGCCACCCGCCCGAGCCAAUAUGCAACAUCGUAACACCCGUCGGAAUGCUUGGCUAUGGCUUCAAUGAGCAACAAACUGCUGCAGCUCUCUCUCGACUCGUCCCCAGCGGCACACCAACAGCCAUCAUCCUAGAUUCGGGAUCAACCGACAGCGGACCUGAGAAACUGGCCCUUGGAAUCAUGACAUGUCCUCCGGCGGCAUACGCAAGAGACUUGACCAAGUUGGUCCGACUCGUGAUUCAGUUCCGGGUUCCCCUCAUGUUCAGUUCCGCGGGUGGCGACGGCAGCGACACGCAUGUGCAAGAAAUUAUGGCUGUAAUCAAAGAGAUCAUGUCAGCAGAUGAGUAUACGGACGUGCAGCUCAAGACAAUAGCGAUAUUUGCCGGCAUCGACAAGACUUUGGUGAAAGAACGACUGAGGAAUGGCCAGAUUAGUGGCUGUGGCAGAUAUGUGCCUCAGUUGACCGAAGAAGAUAUUGAGGAAUCGUCAAAUAUUGUUGCUCAACUAGGCCCCGAGCCUUUCGUCGACGCCAUGAUCGAGAAUCCAGACUUUGAUAUCAUUGUCGGGGGUCGGGCAUAUGAUCCAUCUCCAUAUGUCGCCUAUGCUGCAUUUAACUCGCAGGCGCAGCUACAUAAUGCCUCCCGGGACGAGAAGCAGAAAAUAUACGGAGCAUUUACACAUUUAGGAAAGAUUAUGGAAUGUGGUGGGCAGUGUGCCAAACCAAAGAGUCACGGUGCUGUUGGAACACUAUACUCCACUGGCGAGUUCGAUAUCUCACCACUGGAUCCCGCGGCCGCCUGUACCACAUUGUCCGUUGCAGCCCAUACCUUGUAUGAGAAGACAAGACCUGACAUCCUUCACGGGCCUGGCGGUUAUUUGGAUCUCAGCCGGUCAAAGUACAUGCAAAUGAGCGACGACAGGACAGUUAGGGUCUUGGGGAGCUCCUUUCACUUCUCAGAAGACGACGACCUCCCUUACACGGUGAAGCUUGAGGCAGCGCUGGUGGUGGGAUAUCGUACCAUGUUUAUGGGAAGCAUCCGAGACCCCAUUCUAAUCAGUCAAAUUGAUCAAUUGAUUGCCAGAAUCAAGGAAUACGUAGGCAUUCAGCAUGUCGACACUUCAGAGCGAUGGAAGGUAGAUUUCCAUGUGCAUGGGCGCAACACUGAUGAGAUAUUCCUCGUUGGUGAAGCUCUUGCCGACACGCAGGCAUUGGCCACCUCGAUUGCCUCCACAGCUAGAAUUGCGACGAUGCACGGCCCGUACAAGAAUCAAAAGGCCACAUCGGGAAACUUUGCAUUUGGCAUAGGCGGGAAGCUUGAAGUAGAGGCAGGUCCAUGCGCAGAGUUCUCAGUAUAUCAUUUGAUGGAAUUGCAACCCGGUGAAGAACGUCUUCACCCCACGCCAAGAACAUCAUCAGCUCCAGCCAUCGACAGCGCUGGAGAAAGGCUGAUGAUUAAACACCGCGUAGAGGUGGUUGGCCGUGGCAAGAGGCUAUCAGCAACACAACCAUCAUCUUCACCAAAGAAGCAGGCAGUCAACUUGAGCGCAAAUAAUGCCACCAAGGUCCCGAGACCAGCUUCCGUGUCAAAUCAAGUCAGCUCGACACCAGCCAAGCUCGGCGAUCUGGCGAGUGUCCUUCGCUCCAAGAACGCUGGGCCUUACGAGAUUACCUUUGACGUCAUAUUCGAGUCCGAAGAUAUCUAUGCCAGGGUCAAGAGCUCUGGUAUGCUCAGCCAGGAAUCGGUGGCGGCGGCAUUUGGCUUGCAAGUAGAUCAAAUUAUUUGGUGCGGCUUCUUCGAUGUGGCGCUUGCUUUCAAAUUCACCAUCCCGAGAAUCCGUGGGGGCCGAGCUGUCGCUGCUGGCGGCUUUAUGGAGAAUGAUGUUCAUGGAUCACAGCAGUAUCUGCCGCUCUUCAACAUGGAGCUACUCGUGUAA